GGAUUGGUAAAAACGAAAAUGGCCGUUACUACCCCCUCUCUCUUAUUCCCCCACUACUUCCUUCCACUCUUCUUCUUCUUCCUCUCCUCCUCGUUCCUGCACUUCUCCCAUUUCCUGUUUCUCCGUGAGUUUAAUCAAUUCUUUUUUUUUUCGUAUUGAAUUUUCUGUGAAUAUAGGUAGCUAUCUUGUAUGGGAAUUUAGUUUGGGCCGCCUGUUUAAAAGAAUUCAAUGCAUGAACCGACACAACCGCUGGAUUAUUGAAAGCAGGAAACUGAAAUUUUGGCCUGCUUCUGCAAUUAUUAGGAGUGUUUGGCUAUUGAGAGAAACAAAGGGAAACAUCAAUUUCUUGGAAGAGUGCCGUUGAACUCCAACAGCGCAGCUAUUUUCAAACUUAUAUUAAGUUUUCGGUUUUCUCUGUUUGAAUCAGAUAAAAUCGGAUAUAUAUUGGCUGUUUCCAGCAACCCACAAUCUCUCUUUCCAUUUUCUGCUGCAAGUUCGUAGCUUUUGAAUUCUGGAACUGAUUUGCUCAAGAUUCAAUUUUUCAGAUACCCUUUGGAGGUUCCUCUUAGAAGAAGAAUCAACAUUAAGAAGAAGCAAUGGGAAUCAAAAUCUCAGUAUCAUACAUUGCUCUUAUUUUCAUUUCUCUAGCAGUUCUUCCUCGGAUUUCUGCACUUCUGGAAUCUGAUGGAAAUGCUCUACUAGAGUUUGCUUCUGCUGUUCCACAUGUCAGGAAGCUCAACUGGAAUUCUUCCACCCUGAUCUGCAGUUAUUGGGCGGGCAUAAAAUGUAACAGACAUGGAACAAGAGUUAUAGGUAUCCAUCUUCCAGGUGUUGGGUUUUUCGGUCAAAUUCCAGAAAAGACCAUAGGAAAGAUGGAUGCUCUUAGGGUUCUUAGCUUGAGAGGAAACCAUUUAAGUGGACCUCUUCCUUCUGAUAUCCUCUCCAUCCCUACCCUUCAAACUGUUUACCUUCAAGACAACAACUUUACUGGACAAAUACCCACCUCUCUAUCUCCCAGACUUGUUAUAAUAGAUCUUUCUAGCAAUUCUCUUUCUGGGGACAUUCCCGUCAGUAUCAAGAAUUUGACACAUUUAUCUGUUCUUAAGCUUCAGAACAAUUUCUUAUCUGGAUCCAUCCCAAAUCUUGAAUCUUCAAAGCUUAACUUCUUGAAUUUGAGUCAUAACAUGUUAAACGGGUCGAUCCCGGAUUCCUUCCAGAACUUUCCAGCUGCUUCAUUUCUGGGUAAUUCUCAUCUUUGCGGGAAACCACUCUCACAGUGCUCUACAGGAAUAGUGAAAGAAAAAGAUUCAAUUUUGAAGAAGAAGAAACUCAGUGUAGGGACUGUGAUCGCCAUUGUCAUUGGUGUGUGUUCAUUUCUGGCUUUCUUGGGAUUGAUGAUCUCAUUCUUCUGCUUGAAGAAGAAAGUCUCUGAUGGGAGUGAUGGUAAAGAGAAGGUUGCUUAUGGCGGAAGGAGUGAGAAGCCAGAGGAUUUCGGAAGUGGGGUCCAGGAUGCAGACAAGAACAAACUUGUGUUCUUUGAAGGAUGUUCUCACAGCUUUGACCUUGAAGAUCUGUUAAGAGCUUCUGCUGAAAUUCUUGGGAAGGGUAGUUAUGGAACAGCGUACAAGGCUUGUUUGGAUGAGUCAACAAUGGUGGUGGUGAAAAGGUUGAAGGAAGUUGGAGCUGGGAAGAGAGAGUUUGAACAACACAUGGAGUUUCUGGGAAGGAUUUCACGCCACCCAAACUUGGCCUCUCCCCAGGCUUAUUACUAUUCAAAGGAUGAGAAGCUUGUUGUUCAUGAGUACAUGCCAGUUGGCAGCUUGUUCGAAGCUCUUCACGCAGGGAACACCAGCAUGGACAGAACUCCACUUGACUGGAAAUCUAGACUGCACAUAGCAUUAGGAACAGCGAAAGGAAUCGCACACAUCCAUUCCCAAGGCGGCGUCAGAUUCACCCACGGCAACAUCAAAUCCUCCAACAUCCUCCUCACCACCACCCUCGACGCCGCCGUCUCCGACUUCGGAUUGAGCCCUCUCAUGAACUACAUUGCUGUCAAACACCGGGGCCCCGGUUACCGGUCGCCUGAAAUGAUCGAGACCCGAAAGAUCACCCAGAAAUCCGACGUGUACAGCUUCGGCGUCCUCCUCCUGGAGAUGCUGACGGGGAAGUCGCCGGUGCCGACAGGCCGAGACGACGUGGUCGAUUUGCCGCGGUGGGUCCGGUCCGUUGUUCGGGAGGAGUGGACGGCGGAGGUUUUCGACGUGGCGUUGAUGAAGUACGAGAAUGUAGAGGAGGAGAUGGUGCAGAUGCUUCAGGUUGCUCUGACGUGUGUGGGGAAGGUGCAGGAUGUGAGGCCCACCAUGGAUGAAGUCGUUAGGAUGAUCGAGGAUGUUUGUCAGCCGCCGGAGGAGGGAAGUCAACCGUCCUCCGGCGACCGGUCCAGAUGCUCCACUGCACCAACUCCGGAGUGAUACAAUUUCAAAGGCUGUUUGGUCGGAAGAUUUUGGAGGCCAGGACAAUGGACUUGUGUGUUAUUAAUUAAUUUAUUUAUUUCUCCACCACCCUCUGAUAUUUCCUGGCCCAAACAAGGUCUUGAGAUUUGGCUCCAUAAACAGAUAAAACGAAAAUUGAUUUGGUUUUGGCCAAACAGAGCUUCAAUUUCAGUGCUCUUUUGAUUAAGAAUUGGUUUAUCUGUUCCUGGAGCCAAAUGUUAAUGUUGUUUAACCUUUGGCCUAUAUUGAUGGCCUAGUAUACUCAUAAUUCUUUGAUCAAGCAGAUCCACUGUAAACUUAGGUUGAUGAUUACUAAUUAUAAUCUACUUUUUAGCACAAACAUGAAUUU